ACAGGUUGCUCUCCUACACAGCAGCAUCGUGUGGUUAUUUCGACUUUUGAAAAGCGACUUGCACAUUCGAAAGAAGCGUCAGUUCACAAAUGUCUGGCGCCGAAACGGACCACUUCAACACACUUCGUUCCAGCCAUUCGAAAAGUCGGACAAACAGCAAUUUUGAUCAAGUUUUCGUUUGGUUUUAUAACAUUUGCUGCAGCCCAGUUACAACACAGGAGACAUAGAGUUGUAAUGUUAAGUCAAUGCUCAACAGUUUUAAAUCAUGAGCGACGAAGCAGCAGUGAUGGGCGAAGCAUUUUUCGUCGCAAGGUCCGCCAGUCCGUCAGCCAAGUGUUGAGUCAAAUGUGGCAGUUUUCACCGAGAGCUCACUUAUCGAAAAAGCAGCUGAAAACCGACGACAAAUUCAUCAAUUUGACGGCUUUGCCGAGCAAUGACGAAAGAGCUAUGAACGCGGUGCAAAUAAUCAUUAACCGCGGCUAUCCAGUAGCUUCGUACUCAGUCACGACGUCAGACGGAUACAUUUUGGAAUUGCAUCGAAUCCCUGGGCGUAAAGGUCAGACGUCCGAUUUGGGCACUGGCAAACCUGUCUGGCUACAACAUGGACUCCUCUGCUCCUCAGCUGAUUGGCUAAUUACUCCCUCCGAUCAAUCCUUGGCAUUCAUCUUAGCAGAUCUUGGUUACGAUGUAUGGCUCGGCAAUGCUCGCGGCAACGUUUACUCACGCAAGCAUAAGACCCUGACUCACACCCAAAAGUCUUACUGGGAUUUCUCAUGGGACGAAAUGGGCAAAUUUGACAUUCCGGCUGUGCUGAACUUUAUCCUCUUCAAAACGGAACGCAAAAAAUUAAUUUACAUCGGACAUUCUAUGGGGUGCAGCAUGUUUUUCGUCGCAAUGGCCACAUACCCGGAUCUUCAAUCGAAAAUCGAAACGAUGGUUGCCUUAGCUCCAGCGACGUCGCUGGCCCACAUGACCAGCCCUAUUUUUCGUCUAGCUCCCUUUAUCAAGCCCAUAGAGUUUUUGCUCAGGCUAUUAAAGACUCGAGCUUUCCUUUCGCAAGAGUCGUAUCUGAACUAUUUCCAAAGAAAGUUUUGCUUGAAAAAUGUCGGAUGGGCUGGACUGUGCCGAAAUGUUCUCUUUUUGCUGCUUGGAGACGACACGACAAACAUAGAUGUGGAAAUUCUGAGGGUUUUAGAUGGGAACACCCCAGCAGGGACUUCAGUUCGCACUGUCGCCCAGUUCGCCAUGAAUUUUAACUCCGGUCCCACAUUCAUUCCGUAUGAUUUCGGACCUGUUGGCAACUAUCUUCGCUACAAGAAAUUCAGACCACCGCCCUACGACUUGGGUAAAGUUAAAGUACCGGUCUACUUAUUUUAUGGGGAAAACGAUCGUCUAGUAACGCCCAAGGACAUCGAAUGGCUAGCGUCCAAAUUGCCCAAUGUCAAAGAACUCGUCAAAGUCGAUGACAAAUAUUACAAUCAUGCCAGCUUUUUGAUCAGUAAGAACAAUAAUGUGCUUCUUAACAAUCAACUGAUAUCAUUCCUACCAUCCCCAAAUUGACGAUGGAUAUUUAGUACAAAUGACAUUAUAGUAUAUAGUUAUAACGUUUCCCGAUUGUAUCUCUUGAAUGCUCACCGUCAAUAUCCUGCCAUUCAAAAAACCCAAUUCUAUUUAUGUCUUUUUGCUUGAUCAUAAUAAAUAAAGUAGCCUAUAUACAAUAAUGGAUCGCGAAAUUGUAGUGUAAACUCUCGCGGACUUCAACAAACAAAUUGUGCGCUGUAUUAUAUAACGUAUUAGUCGCAUAUUUGACUAUUUGAUUUCAAAACGUGAACUAGAUGGCGUAAACUGUAUAUUAGAUUUGGGCGACGCGUAUUAUAUAAUACGCCGUAAUGCCAUCACUACAACUAUAUACCCGAGGAGAAUUUUCGCAUGACGACAUGCAUUUAUAAUGUAUUGUAAAUGGAAGAAAAAAAUGUAACAUGCAUUGUGCAACAUACACCAAAAGUGCUCCCUUUUUCCGUUUUGGAAAGCGUUUAACACGUAUUCUACGUGCAUGC